AUGUUCAGCAAGUGGCUGCUGUCGAGCUCUCCUCGCAGGAAGGCGAGGCCUGUGCCAGUAGGCACCAAGGCCCUUCACGCUCACCGUCGCGUGCAGUCCAAGAACUGCGCCAACUCCAAGAAGCUGCGGCUCCGCAAGAUCAAAGAGGGACUCGCACAGACCCGACGACUUCAGGAGCAGAUCCACGAAUUGGACCGACGGCUCACGCUCUUCAACGCACGGGGGCUAGUUACUCAUCAGCACGCACAAGCAGCGGCGUUGCGGGUCAUGGAGACGUAUUACCGCUGCAUGGCGCGAGGCUACGACCCCAUUGGAGCCCCUCGACAGGCAGCGGAGACCAGGAACUUCCUCCUCUCGACGUUCGAUGAAGGGCUCAAGACGCCGGACUUUACGGGGAUUGAGCACCUCAUGAAGCAGUGGGAACUGCUCUCCGUGUACCACAAGAGCGUCGUGUGCCAGCUCGACAGCGUGGAGCUGGUAGACCACUACGAGCAGCUUCAGGCAGAGGGGAGGGACGUCCAGGUGGUGAGGACGCACGGCGUCACGACGCUCGAGAUCUCGCGAGCGACUAUCGAGAGCGUGUUCCCGCACAUCCUGGCCGACGAGGUGUUGGCGCAGUCGCUCAUGGGGAAGCGGUACAGCUUCAGCUUCACUUUGAUCGCGUACGUGGACGUCGGAACUGGGCGCGUCUUCCAGCUCGAGUCCAAGAUCGAUCUCACGUCCGCGCUCAUGGACCUGCUCCAAGACCCUUUCGUGACCGUGCAGAUGGUCAACUCGACCACCAUGAACAAGCGCGGGAACCUGCUACUGCGUGAAGACGUCCGAGAGGACCAAAACGUCAUUGAGCAUGGAUUUCUGUGA